CAUUUUUAUAAGUAAUAACAUGAAUUUAAACUUAAAUUUUGAAGGUCAUUGUUUAUUUGUUUGUUAUUUGCAACUCUCUCUGUUGGCUAAUACGUAGAGGGGUAAUUGUUUUCGCAAUAAAAUGGGACACGCGAUAAAUGAUAAUACAGCUGCAGCUGCAAGUAACCUUGGCAAGUGUGGGUGGGCGAAAGUUAAUUGAGAUGAAGUGCUAACAAAUUAGAAAUUACCGCAGUGCGUAUCGUGUCCGAGUCGUACAAGAACAGAACUAAGCAAUGCAGGACAAUAAGAAGCAAAAUACUAGAGCUGUGAAUUCCAGACUGCGGAGAAUCAACCCCGUUUUCCACACCCAAACGGAGGACGCAGAUUCGAAAGUACUUUCCCAGCACAUGAUAAAACAAGCGAGAAAAAGUGGGACCCUUAAUCUAUCGGGAAGAGGUUUAGGCUCCGUGCCAGCCAAGGUGUGGCGGCUCAACGACCUGGACGAGGCGGAGGCGAAGACGCUGGAGGUGAGCCUGGACCGCGAGCCGGACGACAAGUGGUGGGAGAACGUGCCGCUCGCUAGCCUCGAUCUCAGCUCCAACGCCCUGGCGAGCCUCCCGGCCGCUGUCAAGAAGCUGGACUCCCUCGUUGCGCUCAACGUGCAGGACAACAGCCUGGAGGCGUUGCCGCGGGAGCUGGGCUGCCUGAGCGGGCUGCAGCGCCUCAACGCCAGCCGCAACAGGCUGGCCACCGUCCCGCCCGCGCUGUACUGCCUGCAGGAGCUCAGGCAGCUCAGCCUGGCACACAACCGCCUGUCGGAGCUGGCCGAGGAGCUGGGCGACCUCAUCAUGCUGGAGCAGCUCGAUCUGUCGCACAACUGCCUUGCUACCAUCCCCGCAGGUACUGGCUUCCUAACCCGGCUAACCAAGAUAAACCUCUCUCACAACCAGUUGGUUGACAUACCUCCCGACCUCAUGAACCUCCGAGUGCUGCGGGAGCUGGACCUGGGCCACAACGAGCUGGCUGCACUGCCCCCGCUGGGAGAGCUGCGUCGCCUCGAGGUGCUGCUGCUGCAGGGGAACAGGCUGCCUGCCGCGCCCGAGCUGCAGGGCUGCGCCUGCCUGCGCGAGCUGCACCUGCAGGGCAACCGCAUCGUGGUGCUGGAGGCGGAGACCCUGGAGAGCGUGCGGCAGCUGAAGGUGCUGAGCCUGGCCGACAACGAGUUGGCGAGCCUGCCCGAGGAGGUGUUCCUGCUGCAGCACCUGGUGCGACUGGACCUGUCCAACAACGCCCUCGCCACGCUGCCGCGCUGCCUGGGGUUCCUGCCCCACCUGCAGAGCCUGCGCGUGGAGGGCAACCCCCUGCGUGCCGUGCGCAGUGACGUGGUGCAGUGCGGCACGGCGCGGCUCAUGCGGUUCCUGCGCGAGACGGCCGCCGGGCCCGGGGACUGCCUGGGGGUGGCGGGCGAGGGCUGGCCGUCUGACUCCCCCGCCUUCCCGGACAGGUACACGAUGCGUACGUGCCAGGCACUGAGCCUCGCCGCGCGGGAGCUGAGCGCCGUGCCGGAGAGCGUGUUUCAGGAGGCGCUGGAGGCCGGCGUCAAGCUCGUCGACCUCUCCAAGAACUGCCUGCACCAGGUGCCUCCCGGGUUGGCGCUCCUGGGCCCACAGCUGGUGGAGCUGAACCUCGGCUGCAACGCGCUGACGGCCGUGCCACGCGAGCUGGCGCGGUGCUGCUCCCUCCAGUACCUCAACCUGGAGAGGAACCAGUUGUCCAGCCUCCCGGAGGAGCUUGGGUCGCUGGACCGGCUGAGGGAGCUGGCGCUCUCCUACAACAAGCUGCGGGAGAUCCCGGCGUGCGUGUUCGGGCUGCAGGGCCUGGAGAUCCUGGUCGUCCGCGGCAACCAGCUGACGGCCAUCGACGUGGCGGGCCUGGCACGGCUGCCGCGCCUGGCCGCGCUCGACCUCGCCGACAACAACAUCGCGCUGGUCCCGCCGGAGCUGGGCAACCUCGACAGGCUGCGCUCCCUGGACCUGGUCGGCAACUGCUUCCGGCAGCCGCGCCACGCCAUCCUGGAGAAGGGCACGCCCUUCGUGCUGUCCUACCUGCGGGACCGCAUCCCCCGCCCGGGGUCCGGCCCCGCCCGCCCGGCCGACUCCCGCUUCCGAUGAGGGCGCUCCUCGACGCACAGCCGCACCGCUUGUAGCCACGCAGCCCCGGCAAGUACGAGAGCUGGGAGGUGUUUCUACCCUCCGAGUUCUGGCCGAGGACUUUCUGAGUGACCGACAAAACUGAACGCAGGGUGGCUAGCAACAGGGAAAACAUGGAAGAGUCAGGGAAUUUCUCAUGUAGGCAGGGGAUAUUUUUUUAAUAAGUUUACUGAAAAAUUAACAUUAUAGCUAGGGACGAGAUUAAAUGGUGAAUCGCGAUAAAACUGAAAUACUAACACAGGAAAGCGUGUCUAAUCACCACGUGACGCUGAAAUUCAAGUUAAUACACCGCAAAGCAUCAGAAUGCAACUAUAAUCAAGAAACUAAUCAGAAAUUUUCUAUCAAAUCUUAACUCUUUUGACAAAUAUGUAAUCUUUUAAAUAUUUAAUUCAAUAAAGUGAAAGUUUGUAUCACACUUUAUGCAAGAAAUUAGAGAAAAAAAUUACUUCUUUUUAAUCUUGAAAUUGUUAUUAGUUUCUAAUUUUUGCGUUACAAUGUUAGUACAUUUUUUCAGACACAAAAUUACAUGACAGAUUAAUUUUAUUUUUACCGUAUCCCAAAUAGUUGGACAUGCUUUUUGACCAGGGAAAGUAUUUUUCCAAACAUUGAAAAGUUAAGGAAAAGUCUGGGUUUUAUCACAGGUUUGCUAGCCACACUGUAGAACAUUUUAGAAUUUACUUUUGGCAGUCAUUCAUGCCAACAACUUCAUAGAAUUAAACUUAAACUUAGCUUGUCUGUCACCUGUUCCAACUGACGAUGAAUUUGGCGAGUAGUUUAGAGUUUUAAAAUCUUGACGGAAAAGAACAAACACAUAGUGCACUACUAUUUAUAUUGCCGCAUGUAGAAAUGUUUCAGGAACUGUGUGUAAACAGUGGACUUUGUACGCGGUGUACAUAUCUCUCUGUAAGGGAAUACUCUGCCAGCAACGGUGCUGGCAUAUUUUCCACAUAGGACUUACAAGUCAGGCUGGUUUUAUUAUAUUCCCGCCAGCGAAAUGCUAUCAAGGGGAGGUAAAAAAUCUCUUGGAUUUUCAUUUUUUUUAUUAUGGUGAAACUGUUUGCCAAAGCUUCACAUCUAAAUACAGUCGCUGAGUAAAUUGACAUUUCCGGCCAAGUCCUGUGGACUUCAUUAUUUAUUGGAUGUCUACGUAUGUUCGUGCGAGACUUCAAACAGCUCUACUGUACCUUAAGAGGGGGCGAGAGAGAAGCCAUUUCCAUAUUCAUGAACUUUUAAUCCAUAAUCAUAAUGUGUUAAGAAUUUUUUUUGAAAAUUUGACUCUGAUAAGGCGUGGCUCAUGUCUCGACACAGUUUCUGAAGCUGUCGGAGUAGCGUGGAUUUUAUUAUGCUGUCAUUCGUGAUUGUUGCUUGCUGUUAAUUGAUUGGGAUUAGGCCACGCCAUCUUGCAGUUUCAAAUAUUCUGAUUCUACUUGCAAAGAAAGCUUCCGUGCUAAAUUGUUUGGUUUGUCAUGGCGUAGGACUUGGCUUUGUCUGCUUGUGGAAGUCAACACUUGUGAACUGGUGUAAUUAUCAUGAUAGUUGUAGUCGCCAAUAGUUUAGAACUGUAAUUAUAGCAAACGGAUGGAAAGAAAACCCCAAGAUGGCUGGGUGUAAUUCCCCGUAACUGAUGGACUGGAUAAGCAUGAUGGGGUUCUGUUUCGAGCCAACGGCAGGUCAGCUGAACGGGUUGAGAUGGUUGGGUGGCAGUGUUUCCCCAGCCUGUCGUAGUCCUUCCCCGGACACCUCCAGUUGUGACGAGCCCCGAGCCUGGGAGCUCACGCUGUCCUGUCGUACCCUUUCCCGAGGCGUGUGUGCUGGUCCCACAAGGGAUUCAAGUUAGCGUCUGAUAAAACUGCAUACACGUUGUUGACAGUCUGUUAACUAUCGGAGUCCUGUUUGAUGACCACAGUAAUUGACUAUGUGUUUUUUUUUCUUCUAGUGAUCAGAUGUUCAUUUAAUCUAUGAUCUUACUGAUAAGUGUUUGUUCUUAAAUGAAAGUUAUUGCAAAGAAAAUAUUGAAAAUGGCACCUUCUCUCCCCUUCAGACCUGUAUGGUCAUGGUGUAGGUCAGUUGGUCUGCUCAGUAAGACAGCUUUAGUGCGCUAGGACAGGGAUUCCACGUGGAAAAUGUUGUCGUCUUUUGGCCAGUGAACUAUUUUGGGUUCUCUCUUGAUGAGUGGCAUAAAUUAACAGAGGUUUAAGUUUUUCUCAGUGUUUGGAGAAUGGGUUUACAGAGUCAUACUUGCUGAUGGAAACAAAAUUUAAAAUUCAAAAACUCAUCUUUGUUGUUAUAACGCAGAGUUGCGCAAUUUUAGUUAUCAGUGGGUGUGGAUGGUUGAACAGUAUAAUGCUGGUUACAGAAUUACAAUGCUACAUAGAUUGUGUGUUCGGAGGAAGCAGUGUAUCUUUUAGUAUGACUAUGUAAACACAGAAGUGUUAAGCUUGUGGCAUCAGGCACACUAUAUUAACAGUUCCUUCAACAUUAUUAUAUUAAUUUUAAUUAAUUCUUGAAUCCUUAUUUUCUAUUUUUUUUGCUCAAUUUGUUUUCUAGUUUUGUCUCCAGUAUUGAUAAAAUUAAUCGUUUGCAGCUAUGACAGGUUUUCUUUUUUUUUUUUUUUUUUUUUUUAGAAAUAAGACAUGGCUUAAGUUAGUUGUAUUGUUUAGGUUAGUGUUCAUAAAUUCUUUCAAAAAAAUUUUUUUCUCCUUUCCUAUUUAUGUUGGAUUUUAUAAUUAUACAUGUGUAGUUUCUAUAAAUAAGAAUUUAGUAAAGAGAUCAUAAUGUAUGACUCUGAAAAUUGUGCUUUUUUAGAACUGAACAGAAACUUUGAUUUCAACCUUUGGGAUUUUACUUUGGUUAGAUAGAUUAUUUUUAUUUGUACACUUUGGUCCAAGUGUCACCAACAUAUAAUGUUUUGAAAAUUUUGAUUUAAUGGUAUUGUGGUAUAGCAUAAGUUAUUAUAUUGUGUAAGCAACCAGCAGCUAGAUAUUAAAUAAUUAUGCAAAUACUCCAUUCAUGUACUCCAUAGAUCAUAUUUUAUUAAAUUAGGGUCUUUGUUGCUACUAUUGUUAUAUACUCAACUAUAAUUUUUUUUUUUCUGGUUUGUACAUACUUUGAUGCAUUUAUGAAAUAUGUUGCAGCUUCUUAUUUUAUUUUGCUGUUUGUUGAGAAUUUUGUUUAUUAAGUGUAGUUUAUAACAUUGUUCAAAUAGGUGAAAGUUUUAUUUGUUAUUGCUUUGAGAUUAUUUGUUUUUAAUGAAGUUUAUUUUUGAUUAAAGCAAAAAAGUUUGUUAAAAGUUGUGUUGAAGAAUGCUAGUAAGUGUGUUAUAAUGUAUAAUUUUAGGUUUGAAAAUUUUUCUUAAGGAAUGUCAAAGGGGCAUAAGGAAAUGCAGUACACCUUUGUGCCAUAAAAAAAUAAUAUAUGUCUUCUCAGGCCAGUGUUGGCCUUAGCCGUUCCUCCUUCCUAGACUUAUCGGCAUCGCUCAGAGUACCUCUAAAACAUUGUAACAGCCAGCUGGUAGAUGAUAUGUCAAUACGUGGUUCUAGCAGAAUAGUGUUAUUCGUAACUGGCAAUGUUUUCAUUAAAAAAAAGUGACAAUAUGACCACAUUUACUUUUGUAAAGGAAACAGAAACAUUGUGCAUGUUACCGGUGUAAUUUUGCCCAUUUAAAUAUAUUUCUUUCAAAUUAAAUUUUUAUGUGUGGUAUUGAAAGCAUAAAAUAUUAUUUUCAAAGGAAGUUCUGAACGUGAUUUAAUAUUGUACAUAAUUUUUUUCAAAUGUGUGUAGAUCUGAUCAUUAUAUUCUAGAGUUACCGUUUGGAAAUCUCAAAUAAUUUUACCAUUUUGUUCUUAAGAGAGUGUCUGUGUAUUUUUUUUUUAUAUAUUUUUUUAAAAGCCUUGCACUUAAGUUUUGGAAAUUUGUUUUUGAAUUUUUAAUUUAAAUAUUAUAUUUUUGGAAUGUUAAAAAUUUCUUAUGUAUCCGUUAUAACGUUAAAUAAUAUGUGGUGUUGUAAAUAAUAAACGUGGCUGAAGAAAACAAGUAGUCAACCCUCUUUCAUCUGGCGCUAUGGUUCACCACGUUCGGUAAUCCAGCACAGAGCGUGCCACUCAUGCCCAGGUUUCGUUUGGUUGAGCGUUUGUUGUCCUGCUGUCCGUGUUUUUAGUGUUUAUCGUGACUUAUCAGUUUUCAAUUUUGUACAGUGUUUUCUGUUUUCAAGCUGGUUGCUUAUCUUGUUUACACAAUACUACAACUCUGUAUGUAUUGUACACACGUACGUUCGAUAAUCUGGCUACGUCGCUAAGCUGGCACAUGUGAGCGUGGACAUGUCGGAUUAAAGAACUUUGACUUGAACAAGAAAGUGUUGGGGGAAAAUAAUUAGUUUUUGUUGUAUUCCUGUAUAAAUAUAUAUUGUACUGUGGGUAAUGAUUAGUGAGUGUGAUUUAUUUUUUGUAUAUUUUUGGGUGAAAUGAUAGUAAUUUAAUGAAAUUUGCAGAUUGGGCUACAAGUUGUAGUUAUGUCAUUUUGGUUUUUUUUGUAACUUUAUUUGCACUUUUGGUUUACAUGUCUGAGGCACAGGUUGCUUGUCAGCUGGAUGAUAUUAAGAAAGUAGUUUCUUCAUUUACUGAAUGUGAAUUACCUUCUCAAGGUUAGAUAAUAUUAGAAAAUAGGAACGGUAUAAUUCAUGCAUGAAUAAUGAACAUUCCAUCCAUUUACAAUUUUUUGCUGUUGUUUUAAAUACUAAUAGUUAAUUAAGUGUUAUUUUAAGUUUUCAUUUGACUAAUUGUUUGAGUCUACUUACUCAAAAUUAACGUUGAGUAUAAGAUGGAGAUAUAGAAACCAUGACAAUCACAUGGUUUUUGCUGGAUAUUAUCUUGCUACAGGUGUGUUUUUUUUUUUUUGUAACAUACUUGUUACGGGUGGGAAUACAGAAAGGAAAAGGAUAGCCCAAAUUUAUUAACUAGAGUUUAUUUAUAAACUAAUAAUGACACUUUAAUGAGUCCACUAUUUAUUCUCUCCACUGGAGCUCGGCUUGGUAGUAGCUCUCUCUACUGUUCGUUCUUGCCACGCACUUCGAUCCCGACACACUGCUUCGCACUUUUCGUCCGCCACGCCGCAACUCGGUCCCCGGUGCUCCGAUCUUCGAACACGAAACCUGUCACUCAUCACUUACUGUCGCUCGUCAAAGGGCUCACUCCCCCCUCUUGCGUCGCCCCGAGAACUCGCCAGUAUCGCCACCAGCCUCUCUCUCACUCCGCAGGUCGGCCCCGCCCUACACACCUGCCGGCGUUGCCCGGGGAAAGGUCUCUCGGAAACCCUCUGAAGUGUCGCGUGACGUUUGAAACUGCGAGAACAGGGGCGUCCCGAGUCAUGCCACCUCACGCGAUGGUGCUCCCAGGACCAGCGUGAUGUUCCAGACAGCAAGGCACCCCAGACUCAGCGGGACAGGGGCGUGGUUGUCAGAAAGCCGCCCACUAAUGGAAGAUACUUGUUACGAGGGCAGGGAGGAGGGACGGGUGUUACCUGUGUCCACAAGGAGGUGGGGUUAUCCCUUGGAAUCCCGCAAGCUGGCAUGCCACAUCUCUAGCAGCGUUGCAACAAUACAUAUGGUCAAAUAAUUUGAAACCUGAAAAACACCAAAAAGCGUGCCUAUACACCAUAUAAAUUCGAGUUAAUACACCACAAAUCACUGAAAUGCAAUUAAAAUCAUGAAACUAAUCAGCAUUUUCAAUCAAAACUUAACUGUAAUGACAAAUAUGAAAUACGUAAUCUUUUCAAUAUUAAAUUAAAUGAAAUUUAUUUUGCAUGACCUGUGUACCACAAUUUAAUAAAAUCAUAUUGGAAAAGUUUAGUUUUUUUAAAUCUUGCAACUGUUAUUAGUUACUACUAAUUUUUACAUUACGACAUUAGUACAUUUUUCAAAGACACAAAUACUUAACAGAUUUAUUUUAUUUGUUCCGAAAAGUUAGACAUAUUUAUUACAAAUCAUUGUAUUUAAAACGUGCAUUAUUUAUCAGUCAAAAUGACACUGUAUUGGAGAAAUUAGUAUCAUGGAACAUUUAAGUAUCAUAUUUAUUCAGUAGAGUUUUAUUCCGUAUCUUAGAAUGUUCUGCAAAUAUUCCCAUGGUUUCUUUGGCAUGCUAAUCCAGCAAAACCCGGACGAAUAUAUCUAGCGAUGUCAUUUAGGAGUGAAGUUAUUUUGCACAAAGGUAAUGAUUGCUAGGAUGUGUAUAUCAAGCCGUUUAAGCUGAGCAAGGAAAAAUACAUUGGAAUUUACUCCCUCGAAAGAAAGAAAUGGAUUUGAUUGUAAGUGACUAGACGGAGAACAAAUUAUCAGUGUAUAGUUCUUGGCAGUAAUUAUAGUCAAGCUAAAUAUGCACUGUAGUAAACGGGAAUAUCUGUCUCGCACGGCAGAUAGAAUGGGGUUAUGCAACAUACCUCUACGUUGAUGCACAAGUUCAUGAAAUAGCUACCUAAAGCCAAAAAACUAAGAAAUGUGACUCUUUCUUAUAUAAGUUUCUAAUUUUCUUGCAUAAUCUAGACUAUUACAUUAUAAAUACAUGCCGUUAAAAAAUAGGUUUUGUCGUAUUAUUUCUUGGUAUUAAAUGUCUUGUUGUUAAAUGUCUUGUUUUCGAGAAGCAUUCCUUAUGGCCAUGUUGAUAAUGUUGGCAACUUCAGUUUCACUCUGUGUACAUAUCCUGUAGUUAAAGAUUGUCUCUCACUGCAGUUGUUUUUUAAUGAUUAAAAAUUGUUAACUUGGUUUUCUCCAGGUAUGUGUUUCGGAAGCCAUAUAUUUUUUUUAUGAAACUAAAAAUAGUUUAUUUAGACACUAUAUUAGUUUAGUAAUGUAGUACAAUAUUGAUAUUAAGUGUUUUGAGAAUCUCUGAUAAAUGAUUUUUAUUUUGCUGCAGUGAUUUUUUGUAUAGUGUAUUAAUAUUUGUAUUCGUAGUUAAAUUUUUAAAAUUUGACUAACCUGCUAAGUAAUGCCAGUAAGUAUUAAGUAACACUGUAAAUAAUAAAUAAUUAAGAACAUUCCCAGGGUUCCAUUGUACAAAAUUAUUCUUGUUGUAUUUAAGUAAUGCAAGAUGUGAAGUUCAGUUCGAGUACUGUAGACAGAAUGAAACAUUUGUCUGUUUCACUGCAAUUAAUUGUUCAGAAAUUGGUACGAAAUACUUUUUUCCUGAUAAAAUAAACCUUCAUGUUUGUUAUCAUGGUUUCACAAAAAUGAUAAUAAUAGAUACUAUUUUUUUAAUUGCAGCUCUCUCUUUUUUGUAUAUUUAUUUUUACACAACACAUAAUCAUAUUGGUAGUGUUUUAAACAAUUUUGUAAUUUACAUUCUUGUAAAAUUUCAUGUCAGUGUUGUGCUAUCUUUAUAAUACAAAUUUUCACUGGAGUCUUCACAUUUGUGUGCUGCUAUAACUUAAAAUGCAAUGUUUAAACAGUUGAACUUUGCUAUUCCAUCUGCACCUUCAAGCACUGAAAAUUUGUUUACAAUUUCCACUUUUUAAAAGGAGGCUUAUUGGAGGGAUAUGACUUUUGUGUGAAUUUCAUAAAUAAUUAACACAAAUUUCUUUAUAUAAUUUAAUUAUAGUAGUGAUAUUGUCACUAGCAUACUUUUUGCAACAAAAGAAAGGUAAUAGUUACCUUUUUUCAGCAUGGAACUAAACUGUACCAAGUGUUUUGUAAUGUGAAUAUUGUUAACAUGACUGUAGUGUUUAUGCAAUGAUAUGAUUAGAUUGAUUUGAAUUUCUUUUAUAAUUCUAUGCAUUGAUAGUAUAAUGGUUCAGUUUAACCGGUUUCUUUUGAGUACAAAUUAAUUGCUCGUAAUCAUGGUUUUUUUACCCUUCCUGAUGUUAGUGCCAUAAUAUAUUUUUUUAACUUUUUUUAACUGAAAAUCAAAAUUUUGGUUUAUUAUUUUUAGGAUUUUAUUUCAAUGAAUAUUUCUGGAAUCAUUCUAUAAACAGUGUUAGAUACGUACAUAUGUUUAUUUUGGUCUCAUUUUUUAUGCAUGUUUGUUAGGAGAUUAAACAUGUAGGUAACUAAGAAUUUGUCUUGUGUGUGUUUUUUGAAAGUGUGAUUUUGUUUGUCCUUGCCUAGUGUGUGCAGACUUUCAACAUUCGGCACAUUUUCAUGGGUUAAAUGGAGUUAAGGAAACUUUUUUUUUAAAAAAGUAAACUAAUUUUGUACUAAGAGUGAUUUCAGUUUUGUAUAGAGUUGUAUAUAUAAAUGUUUUGCAUAAUUCUUUGCUAAAUGUGCUAUGGGUGUACUCUCAUUUCAUUUGAAGUUAAAAAAUAUUUUUAAAAAGUACAUUUUUGUAUUUAAGAUGCUCAAAUUUCCUGGACAGCCAUAUCCUCAAUACGAAUGUUGGAACAUUACAUAUAUACAGUGGUCUUCUUGGUGUAUGAGUGAUGCAAACUGUAUUUUAUUUUUAUCAGAGGAGUUAUAAAGAUUUGACCAGUCAUGAUUUUUAAUAGAGUUACAAAAAUCAAGAUAGUUGCAGUCAUUGUACUUACUAUAGACAAAUGAUGAAUAUUUAUUGCAAGAGAAACACUCCAUUGUAAAGUUAAUAUUUAAGGCCGGAUGAUAUAAAUCUUCUAAGAAAAAAAUUAAGAUUUAAAAAAAGGGGGAAUGAAUCACAACUAGGGACUCAUGUUUAAAGAUAGGAGUAGAGGUUAGGUUAUUGAACACGCAAGGCCUGAAAUGGCACAAAUGCAAUGAGUGGGCAUUGUAAAAUUGCAGAGAUGAUGUCAGUUCUGUGCCUGGAAGUUUUUUGGCAUAGUAAAUUCAGAACAUUUAUGUUAUUUUGUAGCAUGUUCUUGUGUGGGUUUAUGAACUGGGUUUAGUGGUAGGAGAAAAGUCGGUUAAUUUUCCUGAAAAUUGUGUUGGCCAUUUUUUUUUCUUGUCUCUCCUAAAGUUCAGUUCUUUUUUUCAUCGCAUAUUCCCUUUUCGUUCAUGUUUUUAAUUUUCUUGUGUUUUUUUUAAUUUGCUUGUUUGUGUGUCUGAACAGUUUUCUUGCUUGCAUUGUAUCUUUACAAUGCAUGGAAAAUAUCAAUAGAUAUCUGUUAGAAACGCUUCUUGCUCAAAUUUUUGUAAAAAUAUGAGCUAAAAUUGAUGUAUUUGGUAUAUACUAUUUGUGUGUUUGGUGUUAAAAUUUCUCUACUGUGCGUUACUGAAAAUAGUUGUUUAAAAGCCACGAGUGUGUCACUAAACACUAGGUUGUUGUAAAAUUCCAAAAAUGAAAUUGUUAUCACAAAUUUUGAGUCUAGAGCGUCACCAUAAUUUAUUAUGUUUACAAGUCCAGUAUUGAUAGUCAUAGUAUUUAUGACGAUUUUAUAAUUUAUUUGUUUAUUGUGAAUUUGGAGUACCAGCCAAACAGUUGAGUGAUUCAAAUUGUUUGACACUGUAACUGGCUGGCAUAACAACAGGCUGACACUAUACUACAUAAUAUAUAAUAUUGAAGACUAACUUCUUAAGAGUACAGCCGUAUUAGGUCAUACAUUAGUUCAGUUAGCAGUUGGCAUUGUAUGGUCAUCUUUAUUAGGUACAUUUACUUGUUAAAAGUCGAGAUUUAUUGGCAGUUUAUUUGCAGUGUUUGUGAAAUGAUUUUUUUAUUUUUAUUUAGCCUAUUAUAUAUAUAUUUUUUUUUUUCAUUUUAAAUUUACUAGCCAGUUACAUGUGUCCCAAAAUUAUAGGAUCAUUUUCCAAAAAAAUCAAAAUUGGUCUAGCUAGCUCUUGGACAGAAUGAUUUCAUGUAAUGUUUUUCCAGAGUGCUACAGAUAUUUUUUAACACACAUAUUUUCAUUGUUCUAGUUAGUAGCAAGCUGUGAUGUGUUUGCGAUUUGAAUCGCUGUAUGAAUCACAGUUUUAAUGUGCGCCAUAGUUUAUCAUUUUUCAUGGUACUUGAUCUUAUUUACUUUAUAUAGCUUGCAUCAUUCAGUUUGUCAUCCUGCCUUUGGUUGUGAUGAUAACAUUGAUUAUAGUGGUCACGCUUGAAAGUUGGUGGGAAACUUAACUCCUCACUAACCAAUCAAAUUAAUUGUAUCACAAUCUUAUCAUAAAAAAUAGGAGUUUGUGAGUAUUCUAAAAAAAAAUUUAAUAUUUGUGAAUUACUUGAUAUUCAAUAGUCUGAAUAAUUUGAUAUUCAUUUAAACGUAACACUUCAAAUAUAAACUUCUUUAUUAAAUUAUUUUUUAUCAAUUAAUAUAUCAAAUGUAAAUCAUAAAAAAAUUUUUUUAAUGAAAAAUGUUAACAUAUAGAGCUUAGAUGAUUUAUUGAGAAAAAUGGCUUUGUUUUUGUACAAUAUUAUACAAAGAUAUAUCAUUUUUAUUUGUAACAAAUAAUCUAUGAUAAUGAUUAGCAUUUUUUAAAAAUUCUUUAUUUAUUUUUAUCUAUAUUUAUCUAUAUUUUGCAUUAAUUUUUCUUGAACUACUACUCCUCAAAUCUGUGGUUCAAGGUAUGUUAAAGUUUGAUUUGAAAAGUAUUUGACUUUCAUAAAUAAUUCUGAUACUUGAUGAUCUGGUGGGAUCGCUAAUCCUUCACUACCAUGAUCCCAAAGUGUUCCUGUUUUGUUGACAAGUGAUCUAUAUCGUAAAACAGAAUGAAAAAAAAAAGCUUUUUAUUUUUAUAGCCAUUUUUGUUGUGGUUGAUAUUUUUGUGCAGCUACAUAAACUUUUUGAUCAUGUGAUAAAUUUUUUUUUCUGUUUACUUUAAUGUGUACUCAUGAAUGACGUAGGUUGUGUGUUUGUUUUGUAUGAAUUAUGUUUGCUUAUAAUAAAUGAGAAUAAGUAAAAGUGUGUGUUAUUGGUGGUUAUAUUUAACUUUCCCUUUUAUUUAUUUAUGUUUGAUUCUUGUCUAGGUUUUUAUGUUUUGUUCUGUCUUCCUGGGGUUAGGUUUUUCUCUAGUGUUUGUGCUCCAUGGCUUGAAGCAUGGCGUUACUCUAUCUGCUGACUUCCGUCAGACAGCAAAAUAAAGGACGGAGUCAUGCCUUCAGCUUGUAAAGUUUUUGAUUUUUUGCUCCACAAAUAAUUAGGUAAACUUAAUUUUUUUUUUAUUGGUGUAAGACUUAAGAAGUUAAGAUUGCUGUGGUUCUCAAAAUCUUGGCACCCGCGGUUUCCUGAUGAUCCGAAUGUAUGCCAGCGUCAUUCUCGUGGCAGUAACUAUGGUGUAGGGUCAGAAAACUAUGAUUCUUAUAUUUUUUUCACUAAUAUUAUUAUACUGGGGCUUCUUGGUGAGAGAUUAAAAGGGUACAUCAAAAAAAGACAAAAUCAACGCCAUCCUGUGAAGACUUUCUUGUGCUUGUAUAAAGUUGUUGAUCAUGGGCGAGUUAUCUGGCCACAUCAUCACUUCAACCGAGCAGCCACGCAUCUGUGACCUCGGUGCUCUGCCGGUCUCUUCAAGCAAGGAGCAGGAUUUCGUUUCGAGGGAGGUUUGGAGAGGGAAGAUGCAUUUUAGAAUCGUCUGCCCGAAAAAUUUAUAACUGUUCACAAUUUUUUUUUCCCAGCCAUUUGUUUUUAAUUUGACAACAUAUUAAAUUGUUACUUUACAAGGAAUAUAAGAAUAUGUGAAUUUGAAGUGCAACUGCCAAAGCGAAAGUAUCUCUAGUGCAGAAUUUCGGAGAGGGAUACGUCCCCUCAUUUUCCAGUUUGUCGGGCCUCUGUGCGUUAGCACUUACUGGUUUUUCCCAGCCAUUAUUUUUUUUUUUUACUUGGCUGUUCAAAGUGCUAUUGGGGGCAAGGAACUGUAGUUAUGGAAAAUUUGUUACCAACAUUCACAAACUAUUUAAUUUUUUUUUUUGUAAAUGGUGUUCUUCCUUUUAUCAUUACAUGACAACAUUGAACUUUCUCAUAAAAGAAAAUGAAUUAUGAAAAAUAAACCCCCCCCCCCCCCCCUCUUUUUGUUUUUAUUUGGUUAGCCCUUGGGGUCUUCCUAGGAAAGUGUUUUAGCCUUGUUUAGAAUGCAGCAUCUGGGGUGAAGUACGUUGCACGCUUUCAAUAGGUAACUUUUUAUUGCACUGUCGGGCCAAGUGUUUUCUGCGCCACCAGUAUCCGGAUGCAAGGCAGUCCUGACAGGGGCUCAUUAACAUAUUCAUAUUGGAUGAGUGAAACCCAGAUAAUUGCCACGUGAGACGACUUUCUCUCACGGUCAGCGUGUGUUUGUUUGCCUUACUUGCGCUCAUCUAAAGUUUACAUAAUAUAAGGUUUUUUAAAAACUUAAAAAAUUGUUGUGAGUUGUGUGUAUAACUUGUUGGCUGCACCUUACAGAGUGAUUUUAACCGAGUUAAACCCGGAAUGUUGCCAGUGUAGGAUAAAUUACGUGUGUGUACCCAGGUGCCAAUUUAAAAACGGGCCAACCGGGCAUUUGCCCAGAGCACUAGUUUUUGAGGGGCGGGAGAAUUUGAGAUGCAAAAAAAAUAAACAGCACAAAAAUAUUUGAGGGACGGGAAAGAUUAAGUAUUUUUAAAGUACUGUAAUGAUUUGUUUUUCAAAAAUACAUCUUGAGGGGAAAUGUUAUUUUAUACUAAAAUUCGCAGUGUGCUUAAAAAAAUAUUAGGUCUUAUAUGAAAUACUUAAAGAAAUAUACUGUGGAUGCACAUUUCUGGCUCCUAACUUUGCGACUGAAGUAAACAAGUAUCACCUUGAUGGUUGCUGAAUAGAAGUUUCGUAAUAGAUGUUAAUGAGGUAAUGAAUGGUCGACUUUGAAGUUGAAGGCGGACUGCUGAUGUAAUAGCAGUCUACCUUGAAGUUGAACUUGAACUUCAGACAUCUGUUUCUGAAGCAUGGCGUGAACUGAGCAGUUGAAUUUGCUUUAUGCUCAUGGAAGAAUGUAUUAUCCUUUACAUGAAAUCUUAAUAAAAUUUUUUGGCAUUUACAUUAAAAAAUUUUUUUUUCAAAUUAGUGCUUUUAAAAAAAAUUGGCUAUCCUGUGCAGGAGACGAAAUGUUGAAGGUUUAUUUCAAAUAUUAGUUAUGAGUCAAAUCCACUUUUUCUCAAAUCCAAGUCUGGAAUUUUAUUCUAUAAAUUCCUUCAAAUAGAAGAGUCAGAAUCCAAAUAAUAUAUGAAACAGAACAUAGAAAUUAGUUUCUUUUUAUGAAACUUUCUAUUAAAUUAAGUUCAUGUUAAUAUCUGGUAGAAUUUCAUAUAUACUUCCAUACUAUGCCAUGUGAAAAUGUUUGUGAUAUAUACUGCUGUAGACCAAGCAAGAGGUUACAUUACAAAUAUUUGUGAUUUUUUGUUGUUGAUGUUUGCCGCAUGAGCGCGGGGGAGAAGCCGGGGCAAGCGCGCCUUGCGCCGGCAGUAGGCGCGGUGACACCGUGCAGGUGAGGUUACUCAACAGUCUCCCCCCCUUCCCCGCCCCUCCACCGCCCAGCUGCGUACGAGUGACCUUGGGAGCCUCGGGCGGGAGGGGUGCCGGAUGUCGUCCGCCCGGGGAACCCCCCCCCAGACACCCGCACCUCUGCCACUCCAGGAGGUGGCUUCGUGUGCGUCCCGAGGCCGCUCCGGUACCUCAUGACCUGCGCAGAAGGACAUGUAACGAGGGCAGAGGGACAUCUCUGUGUUUCGUGAGCAUCUUGGCAUGCAGCGCGGAGUGCACAUUCAUGCAUUUUCAACCCCCGUCCCAUUGUUGGAGGCGGCGCUUGUGCCGGGCGCGGUGAGCGGACAGCGCACUUGCGAUGACCGACGCGCUGCUGUUGGCAGCCCUGCUGGCCGGCUGCCAACUGCUGCAGCUCGCCGC